AUGUUUGUACCGAGAGCGGUGAAGAGGCGGCAGGAGGGCGGGGGAGCCGGGGCAAAGAGGAGGUCGGGGGCGCUGAGCUGUCAGCCUGCAGUCACUGCUCCGCCAUGUGCUGAUCCCUGUCCGGCCUCUAUGGUCCAUCCUGCUGUCCCUGACAUCCCCGACUCCAGCACAGCCGCCUCCUGCCAUGUCUUCUCCUCAUCACAUCCUCUGUCUGCUGCUUCAUUGUCUGUCCCUACUGCUGCACCACAUGCCAGCCCAUCUACUGCUGCACCACAUGCCACCCCAUCUACUGCUGCACCACAUGCCACCCCAUCUUCCCUAACACAUGCCACCCCAUCUACUGCACCACCACAUGCCACCCCAUCUACUGCUGCACCACAUGCCACCCCAUCUUCCCUAACACAUGCCACCCCAUCUACUGCUGCACCACAUGCCACCCCAUCUUCCCUAACACAUGCCACCCCAUCUACUGCACCACCACAUGCCACCCCAUCUUCCCUAACACAUGCCACCCCAUCUACUGCACCACCACAUGCCACCCCAUCUUCCCUAACACAUGCCACCCCAUCUACUGUUGCACCACAUGCCACCCCAUCUACUGCUGCACCACAUGCCACCCCAUCUACUGCACCACCACAUGCCACCCCAUCUACUGCUGCACCACAUGCCACCCCAUCUACUGCUGCACCACAUGCCACCCCAUCUACUGCUGCACCACAUGCCACCCCAUCUACUGCACCACCACAUGCCAGCCCAUCUACUGCUGCACCACAUGCCAGCCCAUCUACUGCUGCACCACAUGCCACCCCAUCUACUGCUGCACCACAUGCCACCCCAUCUUCCCUAACACAUGCCACCCCAUCUACUGCACCACCACAUGCCACCCCAUCUACUGCUGCACCACAUGCCACCCCAUCUUCCCUAACACAUGCCACCCCAUCUACUGCUGCACCACAUGCCACCCCAUCUUCCCUAACACAUGCCACCCCAUCUACUGCUGCACCACAUGCCACCCCAUCUACUGCUGCACCACAUGCCACCCCAUCUACUGCACCACCACAUGCCACCCCAUCUUCCCUAACACAUGCCACCCCAUCUACUGCUGCACCACAUGCCACCCCAUCUACUGCUGCACCACAUGCCACCCCAUCUACUGCUGCACCACAUGCCACCCCAUCUACUGCUGCACCACAUGCCACCCCAUCUACUGCACCACCACAUGCCACCCCAUCUUCCCUAACACAUGCCACCCCAUCUACUGCUGCACCACAUGCCACCCCAUCUACUGCUGCACCACAUGCCACCCCAUCUACUGCUGCACCACAUGCCACCCCAUCUACUGCACCACCACAUGCCACCCCAUCUUCCCUAACACAUGCCACCCCAUCUACUGCACCACCACAUGCCACCCCAUCUACUGCUUCACCACAUGCCAGCCCAUCUACUGCUUCACCACAUGCCAGCCCAUCUACUGCUUCACCACAUGCCAGCCCAUCGUAUGCUUCACCACAUGCCAGCCCAUCGUAUGCUUCACCACAUGCCAGCCCAUCGUAUGCUUCACCACAUGCCAGCCCAUCGUAUGCUUCACCACAUGCCAGCCCAUCGUAUGCUUCACCACAUGCCACCCCAUCUACUGCUGCAACACAUGCCACCCCAUCUACUGCUGCAACACAUGCCACCCCAUCUACUGCUGCAACACAUGCCACCCCAUCUACUGCUGCAACACAUGCCACCCCCUGUUCCCUAAAACAUGCCACCCCAUCUAUUGCUACUGUGCAGUCUAAUGCUGCAGCACAUCAUUCACCAUCUAGUAGCUCACCAGCACAUGCUUCACCAUCUGCCUUGGUGGAUGCAACAUCUGCAUCAUCAUCAUCCACCUCUUCUGCCUUGUCUGCUUCUGCUGCUGAGGAUGAACCCAUUAAAUCCUACAGCAAGCUCCAGCGCUGGCCCCUCCAGAGAGAACCCGUCUGUGUCAUAUGUGGGAGAUACGGAGAAUACAUCUGUGACCAGACUGAGCACGAUGUGUGUAGUCUGGAGUGUAAAGCCAAGGAUAUACUGCGGUGUAUGGGGACGAUGUGCGAGGACCCUGCAUUCUCUCAUCAGUCAUCAUCAGAAACCACAGGGAAGGCUGUAGAGUCGUCACCGUUACCUCAUCCUGGUGACAUUGUGACCAUAUUACCACCUGGUCAUCAUUCCAUGGCAGAAGAGCCUUCACCCCCCAAUAAUGUGACCUAUACCUACAGAGAGCACCAGUUCAUCACCCAGCUGGGGCAGGAUCAGGUUGACACUUUACGCCAGCAGCUCGGUGUAUCCGUCCAGGGUAAAGAGGUGUGCCGGCCCAUUGUAGAGUUUGAGCAUUGUAACUUUCCUCCCACACUCUGCACAAACCUGAAGCGGGCGGGAUAUGAUGCUCCGACCCCCAUCCAGAUGCAGAUGAUCCCUGUUGGACUGAUGGGAAGGGACAUCCUGGCCAGUGCUGACACCGGAUCCGGAAAGACUGCGGCUUUCCUCCUUCCAGCUGUAGUCAGAUGUAUGGAACAGAAGGACGCUCCGGCUGCGCUGAUCCUUACGCCCACGAGAGAGCUUGCUGUGCAGAUAGAGAAACAGGCGCAGGAGCUGAUGUUUAAGCUUCCCAAGAUGAAGACGGCUUUACUGGUCGGAGGGAUGCCGCUACCACCGCAAGUGCACAGACUGAAGCAAAACGUGCAGGUUAUUAUAGCAACUCCUGGAAGAAUCUUAGAAAUCAUUAAUUGCAGUGCUGUAAACCUUGGAGAACUGAAGAUCCUGAUACUGGAUGAGGCGGACACGAUGCUGAAGAUGGGGUUUCAGCAGCAGGUGCUUGAGGUUUUGGAGAACACCCCUCUAGAUCGCCAGACUGUGCUGGUUUCAGCCACCAUUCCUGACAAUAUCGAGAGGUUUGCCCAGCAGCUUCUGAGGGAUCCGGUGCGGAUAACCGUCGGCGAGAAGAACCAGCCGUGUGCGAAUGUCCGCCAGAUCGUACUGUGGGUGGAAGAGCCUUCCAAGAAAAAGAAGCUGUUUGAGAUACUGAAUGACUCGAAGCUUUUCCAGCCUCCUGUUCUGGUGUUUGUGGAUUGCCGUCUGGGUGCAGAUCUAUUGAGUGAAGCCGUCCAUAAGAUUACGGAAUUACAAUGUGUUGCGAUUCAUUCUGAAAAGCCCCAGUCAGAAAGGACUAAGAUACUACAGGGAUUGUUACAAGGGCAGUACGAUGUUGUGGUCAGCACUGGUGUCCUGGGCAGAGGUCUGGAUUUGGUUCAUGUGAAAUUGGUUGUAAACUUUGACAUGCCAUCAAGUAUGGAUGAAUAUGUCCACCAGAUCGGAAGAGCAGGAAGACUAGGGCACCGGGGAACCGCUAUUACUUUUAUUAAUAAAAACAACAAGAACCUCUUCUGGGACCUGGUGAAGCGAGUGCAGCCAACAGGAUCACUGCUCCCCCCGCAGCUUCUGAACUCGCCGUAUCUCCUGGAGCAGAAGCGGCUGGAACAGAAGAAGCAUCACGACCAGAACAAGGUGGUGACUGGAGACCAGAUCCUCAAUCUCAUCCGCAAAUAUGACAAGCGAAAAAGGCAUAAGUAACCGCACCGCCAACAAUCCCGACACUGUGUGACUUGUACAGAAGGGAUCUUUUUCUGUUCUCCUUCAUCUUGGGAAAUUAUUUUGCUUUUUCAGGAAAAAAAUAUAUAUAUACUUUUCUCUCAUUGUCGAGAGUUUCUUACUGAUAAAGAAAAUAAAACUUUAGG